GCUGGAACCCACGUCAAAGGUUCCGCCGGGUCCCGGGCUGCCGCCACGCCUCCGGCCGAGCCCGGCUCCCCGCAGCGGCCGCUCACCCCCGGCCCCGAGCCAGCUCUCCGGCUGAGCUGCCGCCACCCCCGGUACGGGAUGAGCAGAUCCGCGGCCGCCACAGGGCCCCAUGGAGCAGCCGCCGCCGCCGGCCCGUCCACCAGCGAGCAUGGCCUUACUGGGCAGCCCGCACCCCGGCGCCCCCUCAGCGGCCGGCUCGCCUGGCGGGACUUCCUCCGCGGCGACAGCGGCCGUGCUCUCCUUCAGCACCGUGGCGGCCGCGGGGGCCGCGGGGCUGGGGAACCUGAGCGACGCCAGCGGGGGCGGCACCGCUGCCGGUCCCGCUGGCGGCGGCCUCGGCGGGUCCGGGGCGGCGCGGGAGGCUGGGGCGGCGGUGAGGCCGCCGCUGGGCUCGGAGGCGGCGCCGCUGCUGUCGCACGGGGCGGCGGUGGCGGCCCAGGCGCUCGUCCUCCUGCUCAUCUUCCUGCUGUCUAGCCUGGGCAACUGCGCGGUGAUGAGCGUCAUCGUAAAGCACCGGCAGCUCCGCACCGUCACCAACGCCUUCAUCCUGUCGCUGUCCCUGUCGGAUCUGCUCACGGCGCUGCUCUGCCUGCCCGCCGCCUUCCUGGACCUCUUCACGCCGCCCGGGGGCUCGGCGCCUGCCGCCGCCGCGGGGCCCUGGCGCGGCUUCUGCGCAGCCAGCCGCUUCUUCAGCUCGUGCCUCGGCAUCGUGUCCACGUUCAGCGUGGCGCUCAUCUCACUGGACCGCUACUGCGCCAUCGUGCGGCCGCCGCGGGAGAAGAUCGGCCGCCGCCGCGCGCUGCAGCUGCUGGCGGGCGCCUGGCUGGCGGCCCUGGGCUUUUCCUUACCCUGGGAGCUGCUCGGGGCGCCCCGGGAACUCGCGGCGGCGCAGAGCUUCCACGGCUGCCUCUACCGGACCUCCCCCGACCCCACACAGCUGGGCGCGGCCUACAGUGUGGGGCUGGUGAUGGCCUGCUACCUGCUACCCUUCCUGCUCAUGUGCUUCUGCCACUACCACAUCUGCAAGACGGUGCGCCUGUCGGACGUGCGUGUGCGGCCUGUGACCACCUACGCGCGCGUGCUGCGCUUCUUCAGCGAGGUGCGCACGGCCACCACUGUGCUCAUCAUGAUCGUCUUCGUCAUCUGCUGCUGGGGGCCCUACUGCUUCCUAGUGCUGCUGGCCGCCGCCCGGCAGGCCCAGGCCGCGCAGGCCCCCUCGCUCCUCAACGUGGUAGCCGUCUGGCUGACCUGGGCCAAUGGGGCCAUCAAUCCUGUCAUCUACGCCAUCCGCAACCCCAAUAUUUCGAUGCUCCUAGGGCGCAACCGCGAGGAGGGCUACCGGACUAGGAAUGUGGACGCUUUCCUGUCUAGCCAGGGUCCGGGUCUGCAAGCCAGAAGCCGCAAUCGCCUUCGAAACCGCUAUGCCAACCGGCUGGGGGCCUGCAGCAGGAUGUCCUCUUCCACCCCGGCCAGCGGGGUGGGAGGGGACAUGGCCAUGUGGGCCCGCAAAAAUCCAGUUGUACUUUUCUGCGGAGAGGGACCACCAGAGCCUGUGACUGCAGUGGCCAAACAGCCUAAAUCUGAAGGUGGGGAUACCAGCCUCUAAGGCAGUUGGGAAGGCCAGUUUAUGAAAGCAAAUUUCCACUCAAGUCAUUUAAUGUUAGAGGAUUCUGGGGAGAAUCGUGGAUUUCAUAAAGCCAAACAUUUAAAGCUAGAGACUGGGGGAGGCUUACCACUUUCCCCCAACACAGCAUAAAAGACAAUGUCCCUUUCUUCAAAAGUGCCAGAAGUAAUGUAAAAUGCAAAAAUUAAAACAAUCUUAAACCACAUAACCAAACAUUGUGAACUGUAAGUGCCAAAAAUGACAUAACGUUCACAAUCACUGAAAACCUUAUGUUAUAGGACCACUCUGUGAAACAAAAUAUUGAAUGCAACUAGUAUUGUUCAGCUACAUAGAGUAUCAGGAAUGAAUGGAAACCCUAAGAGCUGUUUGAAAGCCCCUCUAAAUCACUAUCAUCCAGCAAAAUUUUAGAUUCUAGAGCUUGUGUUUCUGACGUGCUUUGGGUGCUUAGACUGGGAGUGGAAAAGUCUUAUCCCAACACACAUUGCUGCACUUCCUCACCCCACUCCCUGAUAACCUUUGUGGGAAAUUUUAAAUUCAUAACCCAUUUAAAAUCAUUUUAGGAUUUUGAAAAGGUGGCUGUUAUUAGGUAAAAUUCAACCAUCUGAAGGGCAAAUAGAGAAAUAUGAACAUAAAGAAAUGUGUCUUUCAAAUGUUUUCCAAGAUUAUAUGUAAAAUUAACAUUCCUUCCACCCGCAUCAUACCCCCAAAAUGAUCUGCACUGGAAAACUUUGAAGCUUUAUCCUUACUCUAACCUGCUACUUUUAUUUCUGAUGAAUUUUGGGAUGUUGCUCUCAGAAGACUUUCACAUUUAAAAAAAAUGUUCAUUGUAGAAAAUAUUUGAAUUUUGAGGUAAAUAUGAUUUUUGAAUACAGCCAAAAAUAUAACUUGAAGUCAAGUUGAUUGAAUAAGGUGAGUGAUGACACUUUAUUUAAAUUAUUAUUAUUUUUUAAAUGAGACCUCUAUAAAGCAACAAAAUUGGCUUUCCUAUGUGGUUUUAGCCAACUGAAAAUGGUUCCAAAGAGGAAUUCUAAAAAUAUUUUGAGAAGCAACCUCUUGUAAUGAACAUAGACUUUUCCAAGAAGAUCCUAAUCUACUUUUAGAAAUUUGGUAUAUUUUGUGUUCUUUAAAAUAGCUGAUGGUUGCCUUAUAGCUAUGACUUGUCUAAGAUAAUGUAGUAGGUGUGGGACUAUGCAUAACAGAGUAUUAAAACACAGGCCUAAAGUUGGAAAAGAACUUCAAGCAAACUGAAAAUAUCUUCAGAAAUUUACAAAUCAAUUAUGCUUUUAAAAUUUCUAUCUUAUCAGAAAAGGUGGGUUUUUUACAAUAAUUCAAAAGCAUAAUUCAGGAUUUGUGUAUGUGACCUUUCUCAUAUUAAAUAUGACUACACAAAGAAUCAUUUACUCAGAAUUUUUUUAAAUGUUAUUUUUUCCUAUUUCUUUCCCUUCAUCCUGCCCCUCUUUUCUUCAAUAUUUCACAGCCUUAAUUGAACAAGUUAUUUACAGUUGAUGUGAAAAGACAGCUGUCAUUCCAGGAUUUCAAUAUGAAAUAGCCAGUGUUUUCUUCUUGUAAAGUAUUUAAAUAUAUUUUUUAGUAUUUCUUUGUUUGACAAGUGGGUACAUGUCAUUAUUUUGUAAUCAAAGGUAGAAAUACAUGAUUCAUGUCAAAGCUAAAAAUGUUUUAAUUUUUUCUGCUUCUCAGGGUAUCAUCACAAAUCAGAAGUUUAUAAAUUGUAUGUAUUUUGCUACACUCAAUGUAGUACAAAGUAGGUGAAAUAAUCUCUCCUCUCUAGCCCUUACUUUAUAAAGCAUAUAUAGACUUUAUGCAGCUGGACUAACAAGAACAAGUAUCUGCAGUAUUUGCCUGUUAAAGCCAAAAAAACAUUGUGUAUUUUUUGGCACCGAGUCACUUUUGGGAUUUAGAGAGAAAUGAUAAAGUCUUCCAAUUAUAAAAGACAUCAUAGAAUAGGAAUUACACUUGUGAAUAAAGGGCAGAAAGAGAGAGAUCUAGAGUAAGGAGGUGAGCAUGUUGCAAAAUAGUGUGUUGCCUGAGAAGAAGAAUUGAAGAAAGGAAUUGGAAAAUAAAUGUGAUAUAGAAUAAACCUACCUGGUGAGUGAAGGGAAAAUCUGAGAGAUUGAAAGUGACAAGGUGAUGGCACGAAGGACUUUAAGGAAGAAAAGGAAUUCCAGCCCUACCUCUUCAGUGGUAGGAAGUUUUAGGAAAGGCAUAGCUUGUGAAAGAGACCAUUCUGUUAGUGGCUCUUAAGAGUCAUGGUAGGCAAGAAUUGGAGGGGAAAAAGAGAAAGUUGUUCAUAAAUUACUGAACAAUUUACAAUGCUGCAAAUUGUUUGUUUUUAAUCCAAGGCUCUCCAACUAUUUAGUGGUAGAACUGGGGUUUGAACUAUAAUCUGUUUGGCCUCAAAGCCCCAUGUUUGUUUCUUUCUAUCCCCACAGAAGUCUACAGGUAAGGAAACCAAGAAUGAUCAGUUACGGUACUGUUACCAUUAUCAUCAGCAUGACCAUCAUCUACCAUUUUUGUUUUCUACUUUUUAUAAGGGCAACUUCCUAGGUACUAAGGCUACUAAAAAGUAGAAGCCACAAUACUCAUCUGCAGCGGGCUUACAGCCUCAGCAAGGACAUUGAGGCUUUGUGAGAACAAUCAGCCAUAACCAGUUUACUUGUGGAGAAGAAAAAGUGUAGCAUUUUCAGAAGAGGCUGUCAAAGAAAAGAGAUGAAUUUGGAAGCAAGAGAUAUGCAGGUAUAGAUCAGCAACCCGUUUGACCCAGUGUAAGUACUUAAACAACACCUCAAAAGAUGAAGAAGGAAUGAUUCUCAAAAUAGUCUAAGACUUCGUUUCCUCAUGCUUACUGUGAGUAUGCAAUUAUAGUGACUUUGUGGGGAAAAGAGAAAUAGAAGCUAUGAAAUAUUGAAAUGGAUUAAAUAUUGAGUACUAUGUAAAA